UCAAGUUCACCAACGAUAAUGGAUAUGAAUUCUUCUUCUUGUGAGAAGUGGCUUGGCUUCUCACUUUCCAAUAUCAACAACUUGCCACCUUCUACUACUAAUUCUUCACAACUCUCCAUCUUCCAAGCUUUCAACUCCAACCCUAAUAGUUGGGAUGUGAGGCAAAAUGAAAAUGGUGCACCAAAGCUUGAGAAUUUUUUGGGAUCUUCUUAUUGUGAGAGUAAUACAACAACUAGUUGUGAAUAUGGGUCAGAGUUGAAGAGGAUAGCAGCUACUUUUCUACCUACCUUUACUGAUGAUCACAAAGACAAGUUGCCUCUAAUUGUCACUCAACCUAAGAAGCCACUCGAAUCAUUUGGACAACGCACUUCUAUUUACAGAGGUGUUACUAGACAUAGAUGGACUGGAAGAUAUGAAGCUCAUUUGUGGGAUAAUAGUUGUAGAAGAGAAGGACAAAGUAGAAAAGGGAGACAAGUUUACUUAGGUGGUUAUGAUAAAGAAGAGAAAGCAGCUAAAGCUUAUGAUCUUGCUGCCCUCAAGUAUUGGGGUCCGACCACUACCACUAACUUUCCGGUAUCAAACUAUGAGAGGGAGCUUGAAGAAAUGAAGAACAUGACAAGACAGGAAUUUGUUGCAUCUCUUAGAAGGAAAAGUAGUGGAUUUUCAAGAGGAGCUUCUAUCUAUAGAGGUGUCACAAGACACCACCAACAUGGUAGAUGGCAAGCAAGAAUCGGUAGAGUGGCUGGAAACAAAGAUCUCUAUCUUGGAACUUUUAGCACCCAAGAGGAAGCAGCAGAGGCUUAUGAUAUCGCUGCAAUCAAAUUCAGAGGAAUAAAUGCAGUAACAAAUUUCGACAUUAGUCGUUACGAUGUUAAAAGUAUUGCUAGUAGCAAUCUCCCCGUUGGAGGAAUGAGUAACAAAUCCAAAAGCUCAUCGGAUGAAAGUACUAAAAAUGUCGAAAAUCGACCCAACGAUAUUUCCUCUGCUCCUAAUUUCCCAUCACAGAAUACGAGUAUGGUCAACUUAGGUUUCGGAUUGCCUAUAAAGCAAGAUGCAUCCGAUUUCUGGUCAAGCCUUGGAUACAAUAACGAUCAAAACAAAAAUGGUUCGUUAUUUCAGGGUACAACUAUGAAUGCACAAGGUACUACAUUAUUCAGCAAUGAAGUCAACAAUAGUAAUGUCAUGUUCAAUGAACAAGGGUACUAUAAUCAUGAUCAACAGCAACAAAGUGGUGGUUCUAGUAGUGAAAUAAGUAUGGCUUUAAAUAGCAAUAUUGCCACUACAACUACUACUAUUGAUAGCUCUAGUUUUGAUAAUUGGAUGACACCUUCUCUUCAUUCAUUCCAAAGUAGUGCAAAGAAUAACCUAGCACCAUUUCAUACCCCAAUAUUUGGCAUGGAAUAA